GGGGUGGAGAUGGGCACCUGUGCCCCGGAUUGGCCGAGCGGUGGGAGGCGGUGCCCCGCCCGCAUUGGCCCAGUGGGCGUCCCUCCUCGCGGGGCUGGCCCGGCGCCCAGGGAAUGUGAUAUUACCCAGUGAUGGGAGGUGGCGGCACUUACGAGGCAGAGGAAACAUGGCCGAGUUUGCGCGGCUGCAGAACUCUCUGGCACUGAUCCGCCUACGAAACCCGCCGGUCAACGCGAUCAGUUUGGCUGUAAUCCGUGGAAUAGAAGAGGGACUGCAGAAAGCGCAAACAGACCAUACAGUAAAAGCCAUUGUAAUUUGUGGAGCAGAUGGCAUCUUCUGUGCAGGUGCUGAUAUCAGUGCCUUCAGUACAGACAGAAUCUCUGACUUCAGACUGGGAAAGUUAAUAGAUAAAAUACAGAGAAAUGAGAAACCUGUGGUGGCAGCUAUCAAAGGCGUGGCUUUGGGAGGGGGACUGGAAGUGGCUCUCGGCUGUCACUAUAGGAUUGCCCAUGCACAGGCUCAAGUUGGCCUCCCAGAAGUCACACUAGGAAUCAUUCCUGCUGCAAGAGGAACCCAGCUUCUCCCCAGACUUAUUGGCGUUCCUGCUGCACUUGACUUAAUCACCUCAGGAAGACAUAUUUCAGCAAAUGAAGCACUGAAGCUGGGUAUUCUAGAUAAAAUUGUGAACUCAGACCCAGUUGAAGAAGCAAUCAAAAUGGCCCAGAGAGUUUCAGAUCAAUCUCUAGAAUCCCGUAGACUCUGCAACAGGCUGAUUCCGAACUUGCCAAACAUGGAUGCCAUUUUCAGUGAAACCAUUUUGAGGAUGCGGAAACAGCACCCUGGGUGCAUUUCUCAGGAGACUUCUGUCCGUGCGGUUCAGGCUGCCGUCCAAUAUCCCUAUGAAAUGGGCGUCAAGAAGGUGGAGGAUCUGUACAUGUACGUUCAGUCAUCAGGGCAGGCUAGAGCCCUGCAAUAUGCUUUCUUUGCUGAGAGAAAGGCAAGUAAGUGGUCCACUCCCUCCGGAGCAUCCUGGAAAACAGCAUCGGCACAGCCCAUCUCUUCUGUUGGUGUUCUCGGCUUGGGAACAAUGGGCCGAGGCAUCGUUGUUUCUCUGGCAAGGGCCCAAAUCCCAGUGAUUGCCGUAGAAUCAGACAAGAAGCAGCUAGAAGCUGCGAACAACAUAAUCACCUCCAUCUUGGAAAAGGAAGCAUCCAAAAUGCAACAGAGUGGCCACCCUUGGUCAGGAACAAAACCCAGGUUAACUACAUCUAUGAAAGAGCUUAGUGGUGUAGAUUUAGUCAUUGAAGCAGUAUUUGAGGAAAUGAACCUGAAGAAACAGGUCUUUGCUGAACUAUCAGCCGUGUGCAAGCCAGAAGCAUUUUUGUGCACCAAUACUUCAGCCCUAGACAUUGAUGAGAUUGCUUCUUCCACUGAUCGACCUCACUUGGUCAUUGGCACCCACUUCUUCUCCCCAGCUCAUGUCAUGAAGUUGUUAGAGGUUAUUCCCGGCCGAUACUCUUCCCCCACUACUAUUGCCACAGUUAUGAAUUUAUCAAAAAAGAUUAAAAAAAUCGGAGUAGUUGUAGGCAACUGUUUUGGGUUUGUUGGGAAUCGAAUGUUGAAGUCUUAUUACAACCAGACAUAUUUCUUAUUAGAAGAAGGCAGUAAGCCAGAGGAGAUAGAUCAGGUGCUGGAAGAAUUUGGUUUCAAAAUGGGACCUUUUAGAGUGUCCGAUCUUGCUGGGUUGGAUAUAGGUUGGAAAUCUCGGAAAGGGCAAGGUCUUACUGGACCGAUGUUGCCUCCAGGAACUCCUGCCCGAAACCGAGACAAUGGGAGAUAUUGCCCAAUUCCUGAUAUGCUCUGUGAAGCAGGACGAUUUGGCCAGAAGACAGGUAAGGGUUGGUACCUUUAUGAUAAGCCAUUGGGUAGGAUUCACAAACCAGAUCCCUGGCUUUCCAAAUUUCUGACACAGUACAGAGAAACCUAUCACAUUGAAGAGCGUAUCAUUAGCCAGGUUGAGAUCCUUGAGCGCUGCUUAUAUUCACUCAUCAAUGAAGCAUUCCGCAUCUUGGGAGAUGGCAUAGCAGCUGCCCCAGAGCACAUUGAUGUUAUCUACUUACAUGGGUAUGGAUGGCCAAGGCAUAAGGGUGGGCCCAUGUUCUAUGCCUCCACAGUUGGGCUGCCCACAGUGCUAGAGAAGUUGCAGAAAUAUCACAUGCAGAAUCCUGAUAUUCCCCAACUGGAGCCUUGUGACUAUCUGAAAAAAAUGGCUUCCCUGGGAAACCCUCCUCUGAAAGAGUGGCAAAGCUUGGCAGGACCCCCUAGCAAUAAAUUGUGAUCCAGCCUGUCAGGUUAUGCCUCACAUGCUGGCAUCAGAUAAUGCUAACUGAAUUUCACUGAAAUUAAAUCCAAAGAUCUUAAGUAAGAUUUCUCUGAAAUUCAAAGCAAAAGAAAUAAUUGGUUGGAUAAUCCUCCUCUUUGGGUCUUCCAUCUGGUGAUGAUCCUAAUGGCUCACAUGUCUAGGAAUGUCCUUCCUCUGCCUUGGAAUCUGUUGUUAUCAGAUAAAUUAUUUCAAUCACAGUGAAUAAACUUGGGUUAAUACCAUAAUAGCUAAGGAGAGAGCCUCAGGAAUAAGUUGAGGUUCCCAAGUUCUGUGGAGAAAUAUGUCAUCAAUUAUUAACUGAUAAAUGCAGCUAAAUCCUAAAUUCAUUUUGAGCCCUUUUUGAACUUUACACAUGAAGUACUGAUAGGAAAUCUGAUGGUUCCUUCACUCAUCAGAUAUUCAUUGUGCACCCCCAAGCAUCUUGCACAGCACUUGACAGACCUAGAAUCCAAAGGGGCAUUCAUCCAGCAAGGAAGCUUUUGCUAAAGUUCAGAUCGUAGUCUCGGGUGGCGUGGAGAUGGUUGACAGGGUAGAGUCAGCAGUGAGGGUGUCUAUGAGUGAGCUUUGAAAGCUGCCCAAGGAGAGGCAGAGGCAGGGUAUCCAAGGCAGAACAGUGUUAAAGUUUAUGCAAAACACAGUUGAGAGUUGGUGAGGAAACCACAUACUUCAUACUAGAAUGGGGAACUCAGAGUAGCUUGUCAAGUCGUGCUCAAUAUAUUGCUUCUAUCCAAGGCCUAUGUGCACAGUUGUUCUUGCUGCUUGCAAGGGACUCAGUAAUGUCUGAAGAUAAUUUCAAGACCACUGGAUGUCCACAACCUGAUCUUUCUUUACACUUCUAUUCAAGGAUAAGUAUGGAAAGUGGUAAAUUGUUAACUUAGUGUAAGAAGAGAUCUCAGGAAUCAAACGUCCUCCGAUUCUGUGAUAGAGUAACGAUGCUAGUUCCCCUGUCACGAUAAGCCUUUGUGAUGUUAGGUAUGAAGAUGGUUGAAUCUUGACAAAUCCAAAAUGAUGACAAAACAAAUUUUGUAUAAUUCUGUUAUAAGAUUUCUUCUCUUUUUACUUUUGCCUUGUAUGGUUAAAAGUUGAGGGACUGGUCAACACAAAAACCUAUACACAAAUGUUUAUAGCAGAAUUACAUAAUAGCCUCAAAUUAGAAACAACCAAAAUGCCCAUCACCUGAUGAAUGGAUAAGUAAGAUGUGGAGUAGCCAUACAAUAGAGUAUUAUUUGGCCAUAAACAGAAAUGAAGUACUGCUACAUACUAAACAUGAUGAACCUUGAAAAUACUAUGCUGAGUGAAAAAAAUGGGCAAAUCUAUAGAGCCAGAAAGCAGAUUACAGGUUGCUUAAGGUUGAAAUGACUGCAGAGUGGGGAAUGGGGAAUGACUGCUAAUGAAUACAGGGUUUCCUUUUGGGUUGAUGAAAAUAUUAUGAAAUUAUUGUGGUGAUGGUUGUAUAACAUUGUGAACCUACUAAAAACCAUUGAGUUGUAUGUGGGGGAACUCUAUGGUAUGUGAAACAUAUCUCAAUAAAGUUAAUAAAUAAGUAAACAAA